CCAUUAUUAUUUAUAGAGGACAUCACUCUGAUUAAUUUCUCCCAAUAUUCCCUAGCAGCAUUGAAUAUAUAAUUACAUAUUUGUGCAAGAAAUUAAAUGGGGGAAGAGAAGGAGGUGAUGUCUGAUCAUGUUAUUUCCAGUCCCUCUUUUGAAGUUGAAGUUCCUGAAACUCUUCAUCAGAUUGGCCAAGGACAACAAGUGUGUCCAAGUGCAUCUACUAUAAUUAUCCACCAUGAUUCGUGGUUUCAGGUGGGACUUGUUCUCACAACUAGUGUCAAUUGUGCGUAUGCGCUAGGAUAUGCUGGCACACUCAUGGUUCCUCUGGGUUGGAUUGGUGGUGUAACUGGUAUGAUUUUAUCCACAAUCAUAUCAUUAUAUGCCAGUACUCUUAUGGCUAAGAUCCAUCAAUAUGGAGAAAAGAGGCAUAUCAGAUUUAGAGAUCUUGCAGGAUUUAUGUAUGGCUGGAGAGCUUAUGUAAUUGUCUGGGGAUUACAGUAUGCAAAUCUUUUCUUGAUAAAUAUUGGUUUUAUCAUUUUGGGAGGACAUGCUUUAAAGGCUUUCUAUCUUCUCUUUAGGGAAGAUCAUGAGAUGAAGCUGUCAUACUUCAUCAUAAUCGCUGGAUUAGCGUGCGUGUUUUUCGCCGUUUCUGUGCCCCAUUUGUCAGCUCUAAGGGUUUGGAUGGCAGUUUCCACAUUCCUCAGUAUUGUGUAUUUCACAAUAGCGUUUGCUCUGUCUCUUAAAGAUGGUAUUAAUGCUCCUCCUAGGGACUAUAGCAUUCCAGGGUCCACCUCCAGUAGAACUUUUACAACUAUUGGUGCAGCUGCAAGUCUUGUUUUUGUAUACAACACAGGAAUGAUCCCGGAGAUCCAGGCUACUGUAAGAGCACCUGUUGUUGACAACAUGUUGAAAGCACUAUAUUUUCAGUUUACUAUAGGAGUUGUGCCAGUGCAUGCUGUUACUUACAUAGGGUACUGGGCGUAUGGAUCUAAAUCAUCAUCAUAUUUGCUCUACAAUGUCAGUGGCCCUGUUUGGCUUAGGGGAUUAGCCAACCUUGCUGCUUUCUUCCAAUCCAUCAUUACUUUGCAUAUAUUUGCAAGUCCAACCUACGAGUAUUUGGAUACUAAAUAUAGAAUUAGUGGAAGUGCAGUGGCUUUACGGAACCUGGCAUUCAGAACAGUAGUUAGAGGUGGUUAUCUAGCGAUUACCAUUUUUCUAUCUGCUCUGUUGCCUUUUCUCGGAGAUUUCAUGAGCUUCACCGGCGCUAUCAGUACAAUCCCACUCACAUUUAUUCUUCCAAAUCACAUGUACAUUGUUGCUAUGAGAAAGCAAAUUUCGUCAUUACAAAAGAGUUGGCACUGGUUCAACAUUGUCUUCUUUAGUUGCAUAGCUAUUGCCGCAUUAGUAGCUGCUGUAAGACUUAUUGCCAUGGACUCAAAAACUUACCAUGCAUUCGCAGAUUUAUAAUUUAUUCGAUGUUUACUUGGAAGAGGAUGUCUCUAAUGUUUAUGCUGUUAGUUGUGUUCAAGCAUUGUAGCUUCUCUAUUAGAACAAGAGUUUUAUGACUUUCCCCUCCUUAAA